UUGGUCUGGAAUACAGAAGGAUCCCUCUCAUUGUUCCAUGGUGGGGUUGGACUUUGGAGGCAAUAAUAGCUGUGCUGUCCUUCCCUUACUUUGGCAUGUGCCCAAUUCUUGUUUUGUCCAGUGGAUUUCAACCCUUCCCAAGGAUCACAGCAGCCCUUCCUCCUACAGGAUGAGAACAAGUGGGACUGGGGAAAAGCAUAGAGGCCCCAUGAAAGCGUAAAAACCCAUCAUGGAAAAGACGAGAUUCAUGAGAAAUUUAUGUCUUUGAAGUUUGAACACAGAAGCAUUAGUGUAAGCUGUCAGAUUUAUGAGCUACCCAUGAAUUUAACUGAAUUUUGGGCGUUUGUGGCGUCCGUUCUCAAGGAGAAUUCGGGCUUUCCUUCAGUUAUUUUCAGGUGAAAACCCUUCUUCACCCUCACUUUCUCUGUUUCUCACUUGGCCUCGGGAUUUGGUGUUGCAAACAAGGGGUUGGGCUGAUCUUUCUUGAAGUCAAAAUCCUAUUCCUAUAUCCACAAGUUCAAGUUCCCAAGAAGCAAACUUUUUGAAGCGGUGAUUUCUGUUUUAUUCCACAAAUUCAUUACCAUGAGAUUCUAUGAACUGAGAAUGGCUGUUCCAAAUAAAACCAGAAAUUCAGGAGCACAAGCUACAGAACUGUAAAGAUUCAGAAUUUUUGAGAAUCUGUGUAAGUGAUGAUUCUUCAAUGGGCAAGAAGAAGAGCUGGUUCAAUCUAGUGAAGGGGUUCUUUCUCUUUGAGACAUUUUCAAAAACAGACAAGAAGGAGAAGAGAAGGAAAUGGAUGUUUGGAAGGCUUAAGGUUAAAAGGUUACCUUCCAUUGCCGCAUCAUCACCACCUAGAGACAGAACACUGCACGAAACAGAGGAAGAACAAAGCAAACAUGCUUUGACUGUGGCUCUGGCUUCAGCGGCUGCUGCUGAAGCAGCUGUUGCAGCAGCCAAGGCCGCAGCUGAGGUUGUCUGGCUCACUAGUGCUCCUCAAUCUACCCGAAAGUGCCAAGAAGAAACAGAAGGAUAUGCAGUUGACAUCCAAUCAAAUUCCCCUCCAUGUACCGUGCCAUGUGAAAGAAAGAUCCAAGAACUUGCUGCCACUAAAAUUCAGACUGCCUUUAGAGGCUACCUUGCUAGGAAGGCUUUGAGGGCAUUGAAGGGGAUAGUGAUGCUUCAAGCAAUCAUCAGAGGCCAGGCAGUUAGACGCCAAGCAAUGACCACCCUAAAAUGCUUACAGUCCAUGGUAAAUAUACAGUCUCAGGUUUGUGCAAGGAGAUUCGAGAUGGCAGAAGCCACUCCUCAUUUUGGUGAAAGUAAACAGUUUCUGCAGACAAUGAAAGACAAUAUCAUAAAGGUUGAUGCCACCAGUCAGAGAAGAUGGGAUGAUAGCAUUCUGACAAAGGAAGAAGCAGAAGCCAUGCUUUUAAGCAAGAAAGAAGCCGCAAUCAAGAGAGAAAGGAUAAAGGAAUACUGGUGUGCUCAUAGGAAAUCAGCAGAGUCAGAACAGAACAAGGGUAAUGCGAGACGGAAGUACUGGUUGGAUAAGUGGGUGGAUACCCAAGUUGUUAAAGGUAAAGAACUUGAAUAUUUGGACUCAGUUUGGACCUCAAAUCCAAACCUUGAAACAGAAGACAGAGCAAAACACCUGAAAGUGAGGACUUUUCAGAGUCAAUAUCCUACUGAAGAGCUGCAUUCACCUGCACUAAUUCGUCCAAGAUCAUUCUCUCACAGAAAGCAGUGUUCACUAGGGGAAGACAACUUUUCUACCUCCCCUAUAGUCCCAACUUACAUGGCUGCAACUGAAUCUGCCAAGGCAAAGGCAAGAUCACUAAGCUCGCCAAAGCUGAGACCAGGAAGUCAUGAUACUCAGUCUGAAAGCUACUCACCAUACAAGAAUAAGCUGUCUCUUAUAUCUUCUGUUACAAGAGAAGUCCCAAGUAGUUGUAGGAUGGGAAGGGCUAGUGCUUACCAGCAGAGAUCCCCACGCCUCAAAGAUCUUCCUGGACCUAUAAAAUCCAGCCAGACGCUAAAGGAUCUCAGCCUGAACUCAGAGUUCCCCUUGCCUUAUUGGGAUCGACAAAACGCCUUCAUGUGAUUCCAAUUACCAGAUGCUAAAAGAGAGGCAUGUUUUUGUGUUUCUAUGAAUUGUAGAUGUCGAUCUAUAACCAGAAAUAAAAUGGAUAAGCAACUUGACUGAGUUUGGUAUGUAAGACUGUAACACAUAUACUCACCCUAAUUAAUGGACUCUGAUUCC